AUGAAAGAGGUAAGACAUUUCGAGAAAAAGAGCAAGUUGCUCCCUAAAUUUACAGGACCUUUUGAGAUUCUUGAGAAGGUUAAAUUGGUAGCUUACCAUCUAGUCUUGCCUCCAGAUUUAUCAUCAGUGCAUAAUGUAUUUCACGUCUCCAUGUUAAGGAAAUACGUCUCGGAUCCAACACAUGUUUUGAGUUAUGAAACCCUAGAGCUCCAACCAGAUUUAUCAUACGAGAAAAAACCAGUACAAAUUCUUGACAAAAAGGCUAAAAUCCUUCGGAAAAAGAUCAUAGCUUUGGUCAAAGUGCUCUUGAGAAACAAUAAGGUGGCAGAAGCAACCUCAGAAUUAGAGUAUGAUAUGAGGGCUGAGUAUCUAGAGUUAUUCAUGUUAGAUUUCGAGAACGAAAUUCUUUUAACAGGGGAUAAUUGUAAUGAUCUCUUAGCUUUAUUAUGA